AUGGACAAACGGACAACCAAAGGACAUAACUCUGGAUGGACAAACGGACAAGACAAGGGACAUAACUGUGGAUGGACAAACGGACAACCCAAAGGACAUAACUGUGGAUGGACAAACGGACAACCCAAAGGACAUAACUGUGGAUGGACAAACGGACAACCAAAAGGACAUAACUGUGGAUGGACAAACGGACAACCCAAAGGACAUAACUGUGGAUGGACAAACGGACAACCCAAAGGAAAUAACUGUGGAUGGACAAACGGACAAGACAAGGGACAUAUCUGUGGAUGGACAAACAGUCAAGACAAUGGACAUAACUGUGGAUGGAUAAAUGGACAAAACAAGGGACAUAACUGUGGAUGGACAAACGGACAACCCACAGGACAUAACUAUGGAUGGACAAACGGACAGACAAGGGACAUACCUGUGGAUAGACGUGCGGACAAGACAAGGGGCAUAACUGUGGAUGGACAAACGGACAAGCCAAAGGACAUAACUGUGGAUGGAUAA